CAGCGUGGAGGACUCGGUUGAGUCUUGCAUUGUAAAUGCGUCUGGAACUAAUAGAAGCCCCUGGCCACGGAUGUGAGCAAUUAUAAGGGCGAUGGUUUUUGCCUAGGGAAAGGAUGUUGCCCGGGGCCAAGGCCUGUGAAUUGAGAUCGUCGCCUCUGAAAGGCUGUCCCGGCUCUAACUGCAUUUUCCAAUGUCCACCAUAGCCGAGGUAGAUUCCUGUCCGCGCACUGGCCCUUUCAGGACCAUAGGAAGGACCGUGUCUGAGUACCUGCGGAACAUUCUUGAAAGGACCGCAGGGUCAGGACUCUGCUUCACCAGGAAAGGAAUCUAGAAGACUGAUUCUUGGAAUUUUAAGUCAUGGCCCAUCAGGUUAUGAUGUUCAGGGAUGUAGCUGUAGACUUCUCUCAAGAGGAGUGGGAGUGCCUGGACUUGGAACAGAGACAUUUGUACAGAGCUGUGAUGUUGGAGAACUACAGCAAUAUGAUCUCACUGGGACUUUGCAUUUAUCAGCCAGAUGUGUUCUCUUUACUGGAGAAGGGAAAAGAGCCCUGGAUAUUUUUACAGGAUGAGACAAGAGGACAUUGCCCAGAUGUACAGUCCAGAUGUCAGACCAAGGAGUUAUCACAAAAAAAUACUACUUUUGAGAGAGAAUUAUCUCAAUUGGAAAUUUGUAAAAAACACAGCCUUGAAUAUUCAUGUUUUAGGGCUGAUUGGGAAAGCAAAGGUCAAUUUGGAACACAACAGGAAAAUCAGGAAGAACGUUUAAGGCAGAAUAUACUCACCUAUGAAAAAAUGUCCACUUUUAACCAUCAUACAGGAAAGAAACUGAAUGAAUUUAAAGAGUGUGCGGAAGCCUUUUGUUCUGGCUCCGACUGUGAUCAACAUCAGUUAAUUCACACUGCUGAGAAAUUUUGUGAAGAUAAGGAAUAUGAGAAGACCUUUCUUCCUGAUUCAGAACUUACUCAAUAUCAGACAGUACACUCUGCCAAGAAAACAUAUGAAUGUAAAGAAUGUGGAAAGGCUUUUAGUUUGCGUUCAAGUCUUACUGGUCACAGGAGAAUUCAUACUGGUGAAAAACCUUUUAAAUGUAAGGAAUGUGGGAAGGCCUUUAGAUUUCAUUCACAACUUAGUGUCCAUAAGCGUAUUCAUACUGGUGAGAAAUCUUAUGAAUGUAAAGAAUGUGGGAAAGCCUUUAGUUGUGGCUCAGAUCUUACACGACAUCAGAGAAUUCAUACUGGUGAAAAACCUUAUGAAUGUAAUGAAUGUAGAAAGGCCUUUAGUCAGCGAUCACAUCUUACUAAGCAUCAGAGAAUUCACACUGGUGAAAAACCUUAUGAAUGUAAGCAAUGUGGGAAAGCGUUUACUCGUGGUUCACACCUAACUCAACAUCAGAGAACUCAUACUAGUGAGAAAUCUCAUGAAUGUAAGGAAUGUGGAAAAGCCUUUAUUCGUGGUUCAAAUCUUGCUCAACAUCAGAAUGUUCAUGUUGGUAGGAAACCCUAUGAAUGUGAGAAAUGUGGAAAAGCCUAUAUCUGGAGUUCACAUCUUGCUCGACAUCAACGAAUUCAUACUGGUAGGAAACCUUAUGAAUGUAAGCAAUGUGGGAAGACAUUUAUUUGGGCCUCCUAUCUUGCUCAACAUGAGAAAAUUCAUAAUGAGAGAAAACUCUAUGAAUGUAAGGAAUGUAGAAAGACCUUUAUUCAUGGCUCAGAGUUUAAUCGACAUCAAAAAAUUCAUACUGGUGAAAGAAACUAUAAAUGUAAGGAAUGUGGAAAGACCUUUAUGCGUGGUUCAGAACUUAAUCGACAUCAGAAAAUCCAUACUGGAAAGAGACCAUAUAAAUGUAAAGAAUGUGGAAAAUCCUUUCUCUGGGGUUCACAACUUACUCGACAUCAGAGAAUACAUACUGGUGAGGAACCUUAUGUAUGUAAAGAAUGUGGGAAGUCUUUUAUCUGGGGUUCACAGCUUACACGACAUAAGAAAAUUCAUACUGAUGUAGAAUCCUAUGAAUGUAAAGAAAGUAGCCAGAUCUUUAGUCCCCAUCCGUAUUUUACUGAACAGAAAAUUCACAAUGGUGAGAAUCUCUAUCAAUGGAAAGACUAUAGGAACACCUUUAGUCAGGACUCAGGCUUUGCUCAACACCAGGAUAUUUACACUUUUGAGAAAUCCUAUGAAUACAAAAAUUUUGAGACAUUUUCUCCAAGCUCUCAACUUAUUUCACUUUUGUGAGGUCUUAUGAUAUAAAAAUAUAGGAAGUCUUUAUUCAUGAUUCAUUAAUUAGUGUCAGUUAAAUCCUUCUUUUGAGAAACCCCACAAAUGUAAGUAAUAUUGGAAGAAUCUUUGACAGAGCACACAACACACUAGCAGAGAAUUCAGAUGGAAUCUAUAUUAAUACUGGAAAGCAUUUACUGAUUGGUUUUCCAUUUGGAAUAUCAGGGUAAAAUCCUAUGAAUAAGAUGACACUGUGAUUCUCUUGAAUCAUUCUUAAAAGCAUUCCCCACAUCAUUGAUAUUACUCUGCAUAUAAUUUAAAUCUAACUCAUAAAAAGGGAAACUUUCCAUCACUAUUAAAUUUUGUUAUGCUUCUACAAAAUUAUACCAAAGGUGAAUUUCUGUUAUGUAAUUAAUCUUGGAAACCCUUGAGCUAUGUCAUACUUCUUAUUUGGCAUAUUUUAGUUUCGACACAUCUCUGUGUUUUGUGGAAAGUAACUUAAAUCUGUGUUUGCUUAUUUGAUUAUAAUGGUUAAAUGAGCUUGAUGACUUAAUUAAUGACCAUCAUUAAUAUUAGUAUUAGACCAUUUCUAUCAGAGGAAAACCUUAACAAUGUAACAAAUACAGACAAAUAAGCCAUCUUUAUGUGUCUUAUUAAACAGCAGGAUGCUAAUUCUGAAGAAAAACUAGUAAAACAGAAUGAAGGGAAGAAAGCUUUGAAUCAGUAUUAAAUUCAUUUGCUGCAUCAAAAAAAUUCAUACUAUAAAGAAAGCAUUAUGGUUUUAAUGAAAGUGGAGUUGUUGAAUGCUCAGCAAUGUUUUAUGUUUUGUUUUUAAAGGCGUUUGGAAAUGAUUUGUCCCUAACAGUGUUCUAAACCCAAACGUCAUACUCACUUUAUCACCACAAUGAAAGUUUAUUUUUUUAAGUUUAUUUAUUUUGAGAGAGAAAGCGUGAAUAGAGGAGAGGCAGAAAGA